AGCUGCGGGAGUUGGGCGGCGAGCGCGGGUGAGGUAGAGGCGCAUCGAGGGAGCGAGCGAGGAUGUCCGGCCGCGGGAAGCAGGGCGGGAAGGCGCGUGCCAAGGCGAAGUCGCGCUCGUCGCGGGCCGGGCUGCAGUUCCCCGUGGGCCGCGUCCACCGGCUGCUUCGGAAAGGGAACUACGCGGAGCGGGUGGGCGCCGGCGCGCCGGUGUACCUGGCGGCCGUGCUGGAGUACCUGACGGCCGAGAUCCUGGAGCUGGCGGGCAACGCGGCCCGCGACAACAAGAAGACGCGCAUCAUCCCCCGGCACCUGCAGCUGGCCAUCCGCAACGACGAGGAGCUCAACAAGCUGCUGGGCAAGGUGACCAUCGCGCAGGGCGGGGUGCUGCCCAACAUCCAGGCCGUGCUGCUGCCCAAGAAGACGGAGAGCCACAAAGCCAAGAGCAAGUAGACCGCGCCCGGGGAAGCGUCCCGAGCCCAGAAGCGAAACCCAAAGGCUCUUUUCAGAGCCACCCACGGCCCCGAGAAGGAGCUGGAGCCGCUUCCGAGCGGGUGGACGGGCGGCAGGGGAGGGAGCGGGGCGCGCGCGUUUCCGAAGGGAGCGCUGGCUCUCCAGUGGCACGAGUGUGCGGGAGUUUUGGGGGUGGGUGUUUCUCCCGCCCUGCGGCCGCACCCGGCGCGGUUACGCCCCAGAGCCCGGGCGCGGCGGGGAAGCCUGCGCGUCGCUCAUGGGCCCCUCACCUCCGCCGUGCCCGGCGGCUGGAAAAUCGCGCCGCUCUCCCGGUCGGGUAGCGCUCGGCGCCGGGGCUGUGCUGCGGCGAGUGCCCGGCUUUUCGAGACAUCGAGGGCGCUUAACGCGCUCGCCGCCGGUCACGGAUCCCCGCCCACGGAGGCCGCCGCCCCCCGCCCCAGCGCAGAGGCCCCUUCCACGCCCCGCUGGCCCCAGCGAACCCGGUGCAGCGCCCGCAGCUUCCCCCUUCGGGCGCGAGGGAACGGAGGGUCCGCCGCCCCGCAGUCGGGAACGGGGCGAGACAGCCACGGUUCGCCCUUUCCUUUUACUACUGGGUCAGGGCGGCCGGUCCCUUGGCCCGUGUUUUGCCCAAGGCGAGUCGCUGAAGGGGCACGAGGCCCCUCCCGUUCGCGCCCCGGCAGGUUCCGGGGCUGCCCGGGAGCGCUAAGCGCCUCGGGGAGAGAGGCACGAACGGGCGGGCGCGCCGCUCGCUUUGAGGGGCGGAGCGGACCAGGCGGCUGCUCCGAAAGCAGUUGCCGGCAAGGGGAGAGGCGGCAAAAGGGCUCGGCAAGGAGGACGAUGCGGCUGCAGGGGGCCAGAGGGGGACUCGGAGCCGAACCGCAAGCGGCC